GGCAAGGCAGCAUCCUAAAAUUAAAAACUGUUUGACUAGUGUUUGUUUUUAAAAAUUUUUCGGCGCUUUUAUGAUCGCACUACAAAGUAGCAUUAAACUAUACUUCGCUGCUGGUACCCCGUAAUCUGGUAUUUUGAGGAUUUUAGGCAUUGUUGGGACAGAUCUCUAGAGUUUCUGUGGUUCUGCGAUUUAACGAUCGAGAGUUUGGUUUUCGCGCGGUGAAGCUUUGAGUUCGGACUAGAAGUCCGUGGAACUUUGAUUUGGAAGUUGAAAAUUGAGAAUCAUCGGAGAAGUACAAUGGCUUCGGAAGGUGCAAUGGUAGGCGGUCGGCCGUCUGAAGAAGAGGAAGACCGCAUUGUCAACGAAGAGUACAAAAUCUGGAAGAAGAACUGUCCGUUUUUGUACGAUCUGGUCAUGUCGCAUGCAUUGGAAUGGCCGAGUUUGACAGCGCAAUGGCUCCCGGAUAUGCAAAAGCACGACGACAAAGACUACAUUAGCCAUCGCGUCAUCCUGGGCACCCACACGUCUGACGAACAGAACCAUCUGGUGAUCGCGGCCGUGAAGCUUCCUAACGACGAGCGCUGCUUCCGUGCGGAUCGUUAUGAUGAUGAACGCAAUGAAUUCGGUGGCUUUGGAUCCAUUGGGGGAAAGAUCGAUAUUGAAGUGAAGAUCAACCACGAAGGGGAAGUGAACCGUGCUCGUUACUGCCCGGCCAAUCCGCACAUUAUCGCUACGAAGACGCCACGCAAUGAUGUUCUAAUUUUCGAUUAUUCGGUCCACCCUACACGCCCAGCGGAUAACCGUGUCGUCCCGGAUUUGCGCCUGAAGGGCCACACAAAAGAAGGCUACGGUCUGUCCUGGAACCCGCAAAAAAAUGGCUACAUCCUCAGUUCUUCGGACGACAUGACCAUUUGCCUUUGGGAUAUCCAUGCUGCAACGAAGGAUAAGCGAGAACUGUAUCCCAAGGAUAUAUUUCGAUCGCAUACUGCUGUUGUAGAGGAUGUGGCAUGGCAUGUUCUGAACGAUUCAAUUUUCGGAUCCGUGGGAGAUGACCAUAAGUUGAUGAUUUGGGAUACGCGUCAUAAUGAUCCCAUGAAGCCAAGCCAGAUUGUUGAUGCACACGAGGCGGAAGUUAACUGUCUAUCUUUCAAUCCUUACAGUGAAUUUAUUGUAGCUACGGGAUCGGCUGAUAAGACUGUGGGGUUGUGGGAUUUGCGAAAUCUCAAAUUGAAAUUACAUUCCUUUGAGUCCCACCGCGAUGAGAUUUUCCAAGUUCAGUGGUCUCCACACAAUGAAACCAUUUUGGCUUCGAGCGGUACUGAUCGGCGACUGAUGAUUUGGGAUCUCAGUAAAAUCGGAGACGAACAGUCUGCCGAGGAUGCCGAAGAUGGCCCUCCGGAACUGCUUUUCAUCCAUGGUGGCCAUACGGCUAAGAUCUCCGAUUUUACAUGGAAUCCUAACGAGCCAUGGGUAAUUUGUUCAGUGUCCGAGGACAACAUCAUGCAAGUGUGGCAAAUGGCGGAGAAUAUUUACAAUGAUGAGGAGGUGCCCGGCGGCGGUGAUGCGAAAGUGGCCUCGAGUACCAGCAGCUAAUUUCCCAGCUCUUCCGGAGAUCUUUUUCCCCCUGAACUGCUGGUUGAUUUGUUCUUAGUUAGUUUUACUUGUUGUUAAUUUUCAGUUUAUAGCUGUAUUGCAUAUUUCCAUACUACUUUUUUUAAGCACAGUCCACGCCAUUUUGUAGUAGAAUCUUUUUGAAUCUGGUGUUUCCGAAUGGUUUUGGUACAGAAAGAAAACAGAAAAUGCAUUA